AUGAACCCGAACGUAAUUGCGUUCUACCAGCGUCUGAUUAGAUACAGACAGUCUGGAAGCCAAAUCAGAAUACCCUUGUGGUUAGUCAGAUUGUGUUCAAUUGUCAUCAGAGUAUCAUAUCUACCUAGGAUUCCCCAUAAAAAUGAGGAACGAUCAGCACCCCAUGCGCGGGUCGGCCUUUUACCAUGUACCAAAUAUGGUGUUCUACUUUGUCUAACUUUGCUUCGUGAAACUAAACCAUCUAUUGCAUCUCAUUUCUUGUCUUUCAGCUGCAGCCAUGCUCCGCGCAUUGACCAGAUUCCAACCUACAGUGGAUGUCACGGCACAGAUGAGGCCCAUGUUGACGAUGACAAUCCCUAUAAACCGUACAAACCGCUUAACAAAGUUCGGCGAGAGAUUCCGAGUCAUGCUUUUCCCUACAUGACCCAUCACAUGCCUGGUUACACUGGAUGUUUAUCGAAAUUGUCGAGGACCACUAAGCGUGCUUCCGAAUCAGGAGAUAUGGAAGCGGAUUCUAACAGUGUCAAAAUCGCCAAUUGACACUAGCACUGAAGUUUAACUGUUUGCUGAAAUAUACAGCUAUUAGGAGGAUUUACUGUGGAUUUAUUUGACCUCAACUUUGUUUUGGAAGCAGCAAGGAUGCGGCGUAAAAGUGUGAACCUGUACCUCAAUUUCUCCAUAAAUCUGCUAUGCGGAAUAUAGCCGUUCUAUUCUGAUGCCCUAUUCCUUGAGUCUAUCACGAUAAAUAGUAAAUCGGUAUC